AUGGAGGGCACCACAAACAACACGACAGUCUGGUCUCAGUUUGACAACUCUUCCAGCAAAACACCCAAACCCGAAGACGAGGAGGUGAAGCUGAGCUAUCAAGUAAUCACAUUAUUCCUGCUCGGCGCGCUCAUUCUGUGCGCAAUAUUUGGGAACGCGUGCGUCGUUGCAGCCAUCGCCUUGGAGCGGUCUCUCCAGAAUGUGGCCAACUACCUGAUCGGCUCUCUGGCUGUCACCGACCUGAUGGUGUCGGUGCUCGUGCUGCCCAUGGCAGCGCUUUACCAGGUGUUGAACCGGUGGACUCUUGGUCAGAUUCCGUGCGACAUCUUCAUCUCUCUGGACAUGUUGUGCUGCACGUCGUCCAUCCUGCACCUGUGCGCCAUCGCCCUGGACAGAUACUGGGCAAUAACCGAUCCCAUAGAGUACAUGAAGAAGAGGACGCCGCGGAGAGCCGCCGUCCUCAUCAGUGUCACCUGGCUCGUCGGAUUCUCCAUAUCGGUGCCGCCAAUGUUAAUCAUGCGCUCCAAGCCCAGCAGCAUGGCGGAGGACAGGGCGAACCCCAAGCAGUGUAAGAUCAGGCAAGACCCCUGGUACACAAUAUACUCAACUUUCGGGGCUUUUUACAUCCCGCUGACGCUCAUGCUGGUUUUAUACGGGCGGAUAUUCAAAGCUGCCAGGUUCCGGAUCAGGAGGACGGUGCGUAAAACGGAGAAAAAGAAAGUGUCCGACUCCUGCUUGGCGCUGUCCCCCGCCCUGUUCCACAAAAAGACUCCCGGAGACGCGCAGGGCAAGAGCUGGAAGAGGAGCGUGGAGCCUCGGCCGCUGCCGAGCGUCAACGGCGCGGUGAAACACGCGGAGGACGGCGAGUCUCUGGAGAUCAUCGAAGUUCACAGCAACUCCAAAGGCAACCUGCCGUUGCCCAACACCCCGAGCUGCGUGCCGCUGUUCGAGAGCAGGCACGAUAAGGCGACCGAGGCGAAGAGGAAGAUCGCGAUGGCCCGGGAGCGCAAAACGGUGAAGACUCUGGGGAUCAUCAUGGGGACCUUCAUCCUCUGCUGGCUGCCCUUCUUCAUCGUCGCCCUGGUCAUGCCUUUUUGCCAGGGCUCGUGCUACAUGCCCCGCUGGCUGGAGGAUGUCAUUAACUGGCUGGGCUACUCCAACUCUUUACUCAACCCCAUCAUUUACGCGUACUUCAACAAAGACUUUCAGAGCGCCUUUAAGAAAAUAAUUAAGUGUCAUUUCUGCAGACCGUGA